AGGGAGCAGGAGGGUUAGUGUCAGGGUUGUGGGGGCAGUGACAGCCAAGGAGGUAGUCUCCCUGGCGGCGGCGGCAGAGCAGUGUCUGGCAUGUCAGCACUGCCCGCCGCAGCAACUGCAUGAGUGCUGGCCGCUCCAUAAGGCGAAAUGUGUUUGCAGUUAAGUGAGGUGUUUGUGCUGGUAACAGCGGUGUCCUGCUACUUGCAUGUUCAAGUCGUGGCUGGCACACCUCCCCGCCUGGACACGACCUACGCGUUAACCCGAACGCAGAACUCUAGUCAGGUAUUUCUCAGGGUGGCGGCUCGUUCCGUCACGGGCCCAUCGCUUACCUUCGCCCUUCAGACGGACCAGGCGAACUGCAUCUUUGAGGUCAAGGGGAACUACAGCGGUGAAGUCCUCCAGGCAGCCGGCACUUACGGGAGCCAGGCGCUGGGGGUGUCGGUGCGGCGGGCGGGGCAGCGAGGGGAUGGGGUGCCUGCUGGGGGCGCCGAGCUGCUGACCGUGGCGUGGCGGGCCAACGCGGAGGAGAACUUGAGGAUCGUGACGCCCAGGGCCACCAUCAGCCUGGCCAGUGGGAGGGAAAGCACGGAAGGAGGGUGGUUUUGGAAGCUUUGGGUGCGGGACUCUGAUGUUGACGGGGAGGCUCCUGCUGGGGCCUCGACGCCGCCCCAUCCUGACGAAGGUGGCGCUCAAGCGGGGUCGGGCGUGCUGGUGCGGGUCUUCCCAGCCGCCCCAGGAACCAACGGCUGGGGCGUCUCUGCGAACGCUUCCCUGGGUGGUGAUUGGCGUCGUCUGCUCACCCUCUCCUUCAUCGCCCACAACGAGAGAUCGUGGCAGGUGAGCCUAGAAAUACCACUCCUCUCCGUGGCUUUCGAGUGUGAGUCUGUGUGGAGUGAGGGCGAGCAGCACUGGCAGGUUACUGUGGGGGUGAACUCUUCCGCGUCGGGCGCCUCGCUGAAACUCGUGCACCUGGAGCUGAAGGAACAAGAGGACGAAGCCAAACACGCGGAAGACAAUGGUGAGGCCGGUGACUUGUGGGGGUCGCGAAACACUGACGGCUAUGAGUUUUGUCAUAGGCCCGGCAUUUUUGUGGAGGAGAAAUGGAGGGAACAGUCGGGCCAUGAGGAAAACCGCCCCGAUGCCUGUUCCAAGGGCAGGGCAGAGGCCGAGUCGGGGUCGUUGCCGAGCGGAGCGACACAUCAGAUCAGACAGAGCAUCGCCUCCAGUGUCCUCAACUACUCUUCCAACAUGACAACGUUUCCCUCUGAUGACGGAGAACACACGGUUUGGAUCCACCAGCGCUCACACUUGGCGUUUUGUCCUCGUCUCAGCUGGACCUUAAACCAGGUGUUUCGGUUCAGGCCGGACUGGAGUGGGUGGGAGUACGUGGUGAUGGGGUGGGACUGGGGCGGCAUGGUGGUGCGGGGGGAGUGGGGCGUCUCCCUCCUGCAGUGGUACCAAAAAACCUUCGCCUUCUCUUUCGAUAAGGGUGCGCCGCUCCCCUCCACACACGUGGUGCUGGACUUCCGUGACCGGCGGAGCUACAAGGUGUGGCUGAGGUGGCCCGUCCUCGCCGCCGCCCUCGCCGCCUCCGUCACCGUGGACCACGAUCGACACGCGCUCCUCGUGGAAGAAGUGGACGAGUUUCUGGGUGAAGGCGCCGCGGUGGAGCUGGCGCGGGUGGAGGCACAACACUCACCGGCGGGUCUGACGCUCACCGCCUCCUUCAGCGCCGGCAGGAUACGGGAGCUGCACGCCGACGCCAUCCUCGCCCUGGAGCGGAAUGUGUGUGGUGAGGUGUCCCUGGCUAACACCUUCGGGGAGUUCCUGCGCCGCCUCCUUGGCCAGCCUCCGGGACGCCUCUGGGACCGUUUGCUGCUGGAGAUCCGCCAUCUUCUACUGGGGUCUGGCUCCCAAACAAACUUUCAUCACCUGUGGGAAGCCCUGGAGGAGGAGAUUGGGACAGCAGGGGGGGCGUGGGACCUGUGGGGGCUGGCUUGGGCGGGACUGGAGCGGGCGGGGCUAGUGGAGGUUCGCGGCGAGGGGCAGCUGAAGGUGUUCGUUCCGGUGGCGUGGCUGGGGCUGGCACAGCGCGUGUUGACGUGGGCUGGCGGGGCGGCCAAUGGGCGGUGUGAUGGAGGCGAGCUGGUGGAGUGUCUGUUGGAGGUGGUGGCGGAGGGCCUGCUGGGGCGGGGCGGCCACCACCACCAGCCUGCUACCGCCUAAAAGUAAAGACGUCGUGAGGGCACCUGUCAGGCUGGAGGGAGGGUUCCUACACAUUCAUCUUCCUUCAUUUCAUUGAAUAAUUUCUUCCUAACUUUUCCCUCCUUGUCUUUUUCAACAUUUAUUUGCCUCGUUUGAUUCCUCCACCUUUACCCUCUUCUGUACCGCCUCCUUUCCCCCUCCUCCUCCACAUCUCUCCGCCGUCUCCUCUAUCACAUCAUCUUUCCACCUCACGGGGAAGGACAGUUAUGUGUAAGUCUGUUUGAUUCAACUGUAGAAGGUAAAUCUAAUCAUAUGAGUAAUUAUCUUCCUAGCCAAUACAACUUUAUCCUUACGUAUACCUUUAAAUCUUUAGGUAAAUAUACAGUAUAGAUCUGUUACUAGAGAUUGUGAUACUUCCUUUAUUAGGCAUAAUAAAUUAUCACUUCUA